GUACAUGAAUGGAGCGGGGGCUCUGGAGUUCAGUGGAGUUGGCACGGCGCAAAACUCCAGACAUCAGCUGGUUUUCCGUUCACAAACUUGCCUGAAACAGUACCUUUAUUGAAAUGAUCACUUGUUACGUGUUUGGAGACGUACCAAUGCCGCUGUUAGGAUGACGAACACCACUCAACCACGGUUUAUCCUCUGCGUAAAUUCACCAACAACUUUAACGCACCCGAGCUGUCUGCGCACAAAGAAAGGGUCGUAAUCCAUCAGACUAAAACAUGGAUACCCCACCACCUGACUCUGCUCUCAUGGCUACCUCCAGCGGUGACUCCAGGGACCAGACCAGCUCUCCUCUUCCUCCUCUCUCCCCUGCACACCAUCUUGCCCCUGUGCACCCUCUCCAACAAGCAGAUGUGGAGGAGCUGGACUCUUUCGACCCCCUGGAGCCUCCCCCUCUGGACUGGAGGUCUGAUUCCUCCAGUGAGGGUGGCUCCGCUGAUGGCUUGAAUGAUCUCACAGACAGCUUGGAUAAGGCCAUGCUGGAUUCUCCUGUAACCAACAACGUGGGGCUACAAGAGAGUGAAAACAUACAGAAAAAGAAAGUAUUCCAUAACUUAGUACCCGUUUAUGCAGACGAUUUAAAUCAGGAACUUGUUAGCGGAGUGGACGCCAAAGAUGACAAGGAUAAAGCAAGUCAUUUAAAAAAUAUUAGUGGUAUUCAGGAACACAAUUCAAACUUGGAAGAACACGGUUGUAUACAUUUCUUGGGAAAUCAACCAACAUCCAACCAAAUUAACCAGUUUUCCAGAGUGGUAAAUAUGGAGUCUGUAUUUCAGGUUUCAAAGGACAAGUUUGAUGAAGAGUUUGGGGGUUUAAACCAGGAGUUUAACCCAGAAAUUCCCCAAAUAAAAGUGUAUAAAAUUCUACAGACAGAGUUGGAAGGUAGUUGUGCAGAUGUGGAACCACAAGAUGACAAUUGUUCAAAUUAUGAAAGUGACCCAGGUCUUGGUGCUACAAAUUUAGUUGAAAUGAGAAAUUGCAAAACUGCUAAACCAUUUCAGUCUGAAUUUGAAGGCAUCCAUACACCGACGGAUUUCAAACCUGUGGAAGAACCUAUGAAUGACAGUCAUCAAGUAAGCAGUUCAAACCAGGACUACACAGAGAGGACAAGUUGCGGAGAUAUCGAGGAUGAAGAUCACAGUCGCAUCCACAGCCUCUUGAACAAGCUACAGCUCAGGAGAGAGGGAGAGGAGGAGGGAGGGAUGGAGACUUACCUCGCUCAGAGAAGUCCUCCACGGGCAGUACUGUCCCAGGCCCAACCUACCUGUCCGGAAGCGGAUGAAACGACCGGUUUGCUGUUUUCUGAAGACCACCAGCGAGAUGUGGUAAGCCUGCUGCAGAGCACAGACAUCCCUGGCCCUGUCCCUCACACUGGGGACAUGGACGCGGUGGUGUCUGUGUCCUACAGUCAGGAGGACACCCGGAGGUACUGGGGACACUACGACAAGGCUCCAGCGAAGACGCUCAGGCAGGACUCCUUUUCCUCUCAGCCUGAUGAAGAAGAGCCUGAGCCGGUGUGGAUGAAGCUGGGAGAGGAGCCACCUGAUGACCAGGUUGCAUCUGGGACUGAUAUGGAUGCUGAGCCCUCAUAUAAAGAUGUGCCCGGGCCGUGUGACCCAGAAGACCUGCUGGAUGGGGUCAUAUUUGGGGCCAAGUAUCUGGGGUCCACUCAGAUCAGGUCAGACCGAAACCCGUCCACCAACGCCCGUAUGAGCCAAGCACAGGAGGCUGUUGACCGCAUCAAGGCCCCAGAAGGAGAGUCUCAGCCCAUGACAGAAGUGGACCUGUUCAUCUCCACUAAAAGAAUCAAAGUACUGACUGCAGAUACACAGGAGGCCAUGAUGGACCACCCCCUGCAGAUGAUCUCCUACAUUGCAGACAUCGGGCACAUCGUGGUGCUCAUGGCCCGAAGGAAACGCAAAGGGCCAGAGGCCGAGAGUCAGAAGAAGUGUCUGAUGAUCUGUCAUGUCUUCACCUCUGAUGAUGCGCAGGUAAUCGCCCAGGCCAUAGGCCAGGCCUUUGGAGUGGCUUAUCAGCAGUUCCUGCAGGUGAAUGGGAUCCGGGCCAGAGACCUGAAGCCUGGAGAGUACAGCCACUACCUGGAGAGUCAGGAGUUGUACAAUGGGGAUCUGGCUCACUUCUGCGAUGCCCAAAACCUCAAAGAAGUGGUGAUCACUAAGCCCCCAGGGGAGAUGCUGGGACUGGCUGUGGUGGAGUCGGGCUGGGGGUCCAUCCUGCCCACUGUGGUGGUGGCUAAUAUGCUCCAUGGGGGUCCGGUUGAGCGCUGCGGAGAGCUAAGCAUAGGAGACAGGAUCAUGAGUGUGAACGGGACCAGCCUGGUGGGACUACCCAUCUCCACCUGUCAAAACAUCAUCAGGGAUUUGAAAAGUCAGAAGUACGUGAAGUUGAGUAUAGUGCACUGCCCCCCGGUGACCAUGGCCAUCAUCAGGAGACCAACCCCCAAGUACCAGCUGGGCUUCAGUGUCGAGGAUGGCAUCAUCUGCAGUCUGAUGCGCGGGGGGAUUGCAGAGAGGGGGGGCAUCCGAGUGGGUCACCGCAUCAUUGAGAUCAACGGACAGAGUGUGGUGGCCACUACCCACGAUAAGAUCAUCCAGACCCUCACCAACGCUGUGGGAGAGAUCCACCUGAAGACCAUGCCCGCCUCCACGUACCGCCUCCUCACCGGACAGGAACAGCCAGUCUACCUGUGACCUCCUCUGGAUGUACCAAAACAAACCACAUAUGCAAUCUGUCAUGGACUACACGCUCAACUUAUGCAGUAUCAUAUGAUGUAAAGACAUUUUAAAAUGGGAAAGUGUGAGUCCCGUUUUAGUAUUUAUGUUUAAUAAUGCAAGAAAUAGUUUGUUUAAUGUAUUAUGGUGUAAUUACUGUAUCCAUAAGAGCAAUGUGACAUUAACUUUUAGAUGAGGUGUAGAAAAAUUUGUAUUUUUAUUACAUUUUAGACUUGCUGCCAGUGCUUCCUCUAUUGAGUCUAUUGAUACUUUGCAGCAACAUCAAGCUGUUAUCAUGAUGACACAAUGCACAGCUGCAUAGCAGACACUGACAAAUACGUUUUAAGUUAAGAAAAAUGCAAAAUGAAUUUAAACAACACAUGCAACACAAUACA